AUGAUCAGUCCUUAUGUGAGGGACUCCUGGUUAUGGAGACAUUUAAUGGGUCUUGGGGAUGAUAUGGGCUGGAGGGUGGUCGAUGAAGAGGUUCAAGAGGAAGAAGAGGAGCCGAGUGUGAAAAAAAGAAAAUCAGCACAGAGAGUAGUGGUGUUGGAAGUUCAAAAAGAGGAAGAGGAGCCAAGUGUGAAGAAAGAAAAGUUAGAAAAGGGAGGAGAGGUUGGUUUAGAGAAAGCGCAUCCGUAUACAAAGUACAAAGUGACCAAGUUUCUAUACGCGACGUCAGAGAUCCACGUACCUGAGUCAUUCCUAUUGUUCCCAUUUUCACGUGAGGGAUGGACAAAGGAAUCGAACUGGAUGGGUUACGUGGCGGUGACAGACGACCAAGGCACGGCGCUUCUUGGUCGGAGAGAUAUAGUCAUUGCUUGGAGAGGCUCAGUGCAACCACUAUGGGUCAAUGACUUCGCAUUCGGUUUAGUCAACGGCAAAAAAAAAUUCGGCGAGAAAAACGAUCAAAUACAAAUCCAUCAAAGUUGGUACUCAAUCUACAUGUCUGAGAACGAACGGUCACCUUUCAAUAAGGCUAAUGCUCGAGACCAGGUAUUGCGAGAGCUUGGGAGAUUGUUGGAGAAGUAUAAAGAGGAAGAGGUUAGUAUAAGUAUAUGUGGGCAUAGCCUUGGAGCUGCGCUCGCGACGCUUAAUGCUACGGAUAUUGUGGCGAAUGGUUAUAACCGACCAAAGAGCCGUCCUGACAAGUCUUGUCCCGUAACGGCCUUUGUCUUUGCUUGUCCUCGUGUUGGGGAUUCUGACUUUAAGAAACUCUUCUCCGGAUUGCAAGAUCUCCGAGUGUUACGAAUAAGGAAUCUACCGGACGUAGUUCCGAUCUAUCCACCAAUAGGUUACGCCGAAGUUGGAGACGAGCUUCCAAUCGACACAAGAAAGUCACAAUACAUGAAAUCUCCCGGAAACUUCGCGACCUUUCACUGUCUAGAGGCUUACUUGCACGGCGUUGCAGGGACUCAAGGGAUAGCCAAAGCUGACUUGUUCAGACUCGAUGUGAAAAGAGACAUUGGACUGGUCAAUAAAUCAGUCGAUGGUUUAAAAGACGAGUGUAUGGUCCCAGGACACUGGAGGGCUCUUAAAAACAAAGGUAUGGUCCAACAAGACGAUGGGUCUUGGAAGUUUUGGAUCAUGAGAGUGAUGACAAUGAAGAUUAUGAUUUAUGAAUUUUUGGUUAUUUUUUCUUUGUCAAGUGUUGGAUGUUGA